AUGACAGCGGUAAGGGGUAGCAACUACAUGAUGCCAAACGAAGAAGAACUUGACGAAUUCCUAACCAAAGUAGAGGAUGUAACAACAAAAGUGAGGAACUUGUUGGAUGGAAAAAUAAGUGUAGAAGAUAUUGAAAAAGAAGAAAAGGAUAUACUAUUGAAAAAACGAAUAAAAGAAAUAAAAAGAGAAGAAGAAAAGGAAAAGGAAAAAAGACAAUUUAUAAUGGGUAGAGAAGGAAAAGGUAAUGAAGAUGACUAUCUGUUCUUUUGUCGUUAUUGUUUUGUUGAAUAUAAUUAUCAUUUAACAAAUUGUAAGAGGUGUAAUAAUGUAGUUGUAAGCAAAGAAGAAAGAAAAAAAGAAUUAAACGAAAAAGUGAGAAAUUAUAAAAAUUUAAAAGAUAAGAGAAAUGUACGCAGAAGUUUAUGGCAUAAAUAUUUAAAGGAAAAUGGGGACUUGAAAAAAAAUAUUAAGAGUAUGUGUACUGAUGAAAAUAAGUGUAAUGAUACAAAUAAACAUAUUGUGAAUUACGAGAAAUGGGAUCACUAUGAACCGAGCACAGACACGUUUGAUGAAGAUGAAAAAAUGGUAUCAUAUACUCCAAAAAAUAAUAAAAAUUUUCAAUUACUUGAAAAGAAAAUUGAUGAUGAUAUCAGUAAAAAAAAAGAGAAUAAAAACAUUGCUUAUACUAUUAAAAUGAGGGGCAAUACAUAUUUUAAAGAAAAAAAAUAUAUGCAUGCCAUUGACUGUUACAAAGAUGCAAUAAACAUAUGUAAAGACUACCUAUCAGUGUAUAAUAAUCUAGCCUUAUGUUAUAUUAAAAUGCAUCAGUAUGAAAAUUCUAUUCAAAAUUGCGAUAAGGUUAUUGACUAUUAUACCAUUUUUCGAAACGAUUUUACUAUUAAAAAUGAUGUUAUGUUUAAGAGUUAUUCAAGAAAGGCACUCGCACUUUAUAAACUACACAGAUUUUCCGAUGCUUUGGAAAGUUUCCAGUUAGCUCACUCGUUUGAUCCCACUGAUGAGCAGGUGAUCGAGUACAUCCAAAAGUGCACAAGGAUACUGCAAGAUAGGGGUAGAGCGGCGGGGCGAGAAGAGGGAAAAGAAGUAAUGUACGGAUUUGCAGUACAAAAUAGUAAAGAAUGUUCUGUAGAAACGGAAAAAAUGGAUGAAAUGAUGUGCAACCCCUUCUUAGAGGGGCUUCCGAGAGACAGUAUAGAAAACAGCGACCAAAUUCGCAUGAACAAGUCAGGCGAAAAAAAUGGCGAAAACGUGGAAGCCGAAAUAAACAUGGAGAAUCUGCUUAGGGAACUGUCCAAAUUGGAUAUAAAAAAAAAUGACAAGAAAUUUUAUGAUUAUCUAAAGAAUGUUAAGAAGGUGAUAGUACAAAGUGAAGUGAUAAGAUUGGCAUUCUGUUCUUGUGCAUACGAAUUGGAAAGUAAGUGUAAUGACAGGAGGAAACAAAUUACGUUCUUAUCGUUCCUUGUGGAUAAACUUAACAACAUUUUGUUUUAUGUUAAGAAAGAGUUAGGAGGUGAUGUGAUAUUAAAAAAUGAUGAUGUGUGUAUAAAUUAUGAACAAGUGAACAUAUCAACAUAUUUAAAAAAGUGCGGUAAUAUAAUUAUUGGCAUUUUAACUUUCAUACUUGAAGAGAGUUACCAUUACUCUGAUUUUUGUAUUAAUGCAUUGAAACCAGUUUUAACAUUUUAUCUUAUAAGGAAGUUUAGUAUUCCUAAGUGUAUAUAUUUUAUAUGUAUCAUUGGAAAAAAUGAGAAUGCAAGAAAAUAUUUCUACCAUGAAAUAGUACAAGACAGUACUGUUAUAUUAAAAAAGUUUUUAGGAAAAAUGGAUGAUUAUAUAAGAAGAGAAAGAAGUAUGUACACGCAGGAGAGAAUGGCACGCUUCCAUAUGUUGAGAAGGCACAUACUGAAACCGAGCGAGCUGCAAAUUUUUAGCGUCGAUAUGGAUGAUAUUAUGGAGAAGGCGGCAGACAACUCAGGGGGGGAAACAAGCGCUGUAGGAGGAAGCGCUGUAGGAGGAAGCGCUGUAGGAGGAAGCGCUGUAAAAAGAAGUGAUGCAGAGGGAACCACUGUAAACAGAAGCGAUGCAGAGGGAACCACUGUAGAAGGAACCUCUGUAGAAAGAGGAGUUGUAGAAGGAAGUGCAUGCAUCAUUUGCGCAGGCAAACGCUCGGUAAAUAACUGCACGUGUAACGAAAAACCCGCUAACAGUAUUAAGAAAAGUAAUCGAUCUGGGAUAAACUCCUUUGCAGGCCGCUGUAAAAGUAAGAAGGACUGCUCUUCAAAAGGAUUGGAAAGAAAAAUGAUUCGCAUGUACGAAGAGAAAUACGAAUUUGUAAACCUGUUCGAAAUAUUGUCUAAUUUUACAAUAUUACCAGAUGUGUUAAACGUAUUAGAAAAAUAUUUUAUGAAAUGUAUACUUAACAUUGUUAUAUAUAUUAACGAGCAGUUUUACAACUUCAAGGAUAUGCAUAGAAACUAUUUAUCUCUUAUGAUAAACUUAGUUGGACAUAAGAAAAUUCGAUCCUUUUUUAUUCGUACCUGUUGGAUACAUAUAUUUUAUUUUGUAGAAAAAUGUGAAAAUAUAAUUUUGAUAAAAAGUAUAUUAUCUCUUAUAUUCAAUUUAACUGUAAGUUGGAAUGAAGAAAUUAAAAAGGAUAUAAUAUUAAUGGAGUUACCUAUUCAUCAUAUAAAAGCUAAGAAUGCUAAUUUUGUGAAGCUUCUUCAUUUAACGCAGUCAAAUGAUACAAGAGUAAGCGAGUUGAGCUUUUUACUCUUAAGCAGGUUUUAUUUGUAUUUGUACUAUGUUAAUACUAGGGAAAAUACGACAAAGGAAACAAAGAUAUGUAGUCAUAACGUGGAAUAUAAUUCCAACAAAGGUGAUAAGUCAGAUCUAGUAAACAAUUUAAGAACAAAAAUUUACAAAGAAAACGAUAACUCUGUUCAAUUAGAUGGAGUUACCUUUAUUCUAAUUAAAAAAUCGCUCUUAACUCCAUUAUUAUUAUUAUCAUCUAAAAAUAAUACUACUUUAACAAAUCAAACUAAUGCAUGUAUUAAUUUUAUUUGCUGUUUGUCCAAGUAUACUAAUUUUUUUACAAAAAUUUUAUUUGAAGAGAGCACUGAUCCGUAUGGCGAUCAUUUUAUUAAAACAUUAUCAGACAAGAUGGUUUCCAUUUUUUUACACACGAAGGGGAGUAAGGACAUAAACCCAUCGUCUUUCGUCUUACUCAAUAACGUUGUUAUGUUCUUCACGCAGAUUUUGAAAAAUAUUUCGUUGAAGAGUGGUUAUAACUGUGAAGCAGUGCCACCACCAUCAUCAUCAUCAGCAGUAGCAUUAUCAUCAGCGGUGGAAAUGGCUGUUGUGGCACAAAUCAAAAUAGUAAUUCCUCACGCAAUGCAAUUACUGACCAGUCCGGAAAAAAAGCUCAACAAAAAUAUUUCCAUCCUUCUAUCAUAUUGUUUUAUAAAUAGCCAUUUAAAACCAACAAUUUUAUCCCUGUACAACCACGAUAUCGAAAGAAUAUACUACGCCCUGCGGAUUGCCUAG